GUGAUAACGAAUAUGCGGGAUUACGUAAGGGUUGUAGCUGGUCGAUUGGUUCUUAUUGUAUUUAAUAAGCAGUUCGGAUUAGUUGUUCCAUUGACGCGAGGCGGAAUAGUCGUGUUUGAUUUUCAGGUAAAUACGAGCAAGUGGAAAACAGGAGAGAUAUCAUUUGAAGAUUGUUGAACAUUACAUCGCAGUUACCCAAAAGUACCGUUUUCUGUUGGAAAAUAUGGAGAAGACAGAUCCGGUUUCAGAAUCAAUCCCAGAAUCACCAGCAGAACAGCAAUUUCCUGUAGAAAUAACAGUUGAAGAUAGGCCGCCACAACCGUCACCUACGUCACUUUUGUCCAUUUCAUCUGCUGACGUAAAUUAUGCUCAAAUGGAAUCAGACAUGUCGGAUAAUUUACCGUCACAUCAGAAGCAUAUAAUGAAUAGAUUGGAAAGCAUCCGUGAAAACAAGCAACGUAUUCUAUUCACAUUACGUGGACUCAAAGAAAGUGCGAAAGAAGGAGAGUUUCCAAACAAAGAGCUUAUGAGUAAAAUGAUUGCAAGCUAUGAUGCACUCACUGCACAAGAAGAACAGUACGUGCAACUAAUGCAAAAAAUUGUUAUUUUACGUGAAAAUGCGGCAGAGGAUGUGGAACACGAAAAUGAAAGAAAUGGCAAAAAAUUGAUGGCGGAUGGUGAUAUUAACACUCAUGGACAUGAAAGCGUUGUGAAAGAGGGUAGUGACGAGUCGAAAGAUAAGUUAUCUGAUGAAGCAAUCAAUAAUGAUCUAGAAGAGAUGAACAGUGAAUUAUCAAAAUUAGGAGUUGUGACAGGAAAAGCAGUUGCCGUCUCAAUCAUGAAUGAUAAGCUACUAGAAACACUACAGUUGCAUCGUGAGAAGAAGGCUACGCUCGAAGAACUUCAUCGAAGAAAAUGGGAAACUCAGAAAGGUAUAGCAGAUGAGGCACUACAACAAGUUGAAAUGGCUCGUUUAAAAGUUACAUCGGAGCAAGAGCAAGUGGAAAGAAAGCGUAAAACAUUGGAACGAUUGCGACGUGAAGCGCAACGCCGUGGUAUCAAGUUGGGGCCUGGUUCAGCAUCAGAGCCUGAUAUUGUUGUUGAACCGCAACCGGAACCAAAAUCGAUCACUGAAGCAAAGUUACGGGCUAAAUUACAGGCGAAGAAAAAGCAAAACACCGAGUUGGAGGAUGAUGAUGGACCGCCAGUACCGAAUGAUUUGGCACCAGCUGAACGAAUUCCAUCGGUUCAGACAAAUGAACAAACAGAAGUUGAACAGCAGCAACAAAUGGAAGGAAAAACCUGUGAAAUAGCGGGUAAUGGUGAAGUUAUGGGAAAAAAAAAGAGAAAAGGCAAGAAAGGACGUGAACAACAGCAACAACAACUGCAGAAAAAGGAGUCUGAUACAAUCAACUCAUCUAUACGCGAAAAAUUAGCUGCAAUUGCAGCGCGUAAAGAACGUAUGCGAGAAAUACGAGCAAAAUUGGUGCAGCCUGUUGUAGAGUCUCCUCCUGAUAUGGAUGAAACAUUUCAUAAUGCUCUACAACAAUUGAAAAGCAUAACUGAAAUGCGGAAACAGCUGGAGUUAUUACGUGAAGAAGGAGGUAAAUUACCGGAAGAAACAGCCGAAUUGCUGGAACGUCAACUCAAAGCUGAAGAGGAUGCUACCAAACGAGAUGAAUUAAAAACGCCUGAUACAGUGACUAUGAGACAAGGUUCUGAAACGCCGUUCGAGGAAAGUGUUCAGGCUAUUGAGGCAGCCCGUAACAGUUUUCUGGAAGUGAUCGCACAAAAAUCAGGAAUGAAUACCGAUGUAAGUACUCGUGCCGACUUAAUGCGCGAUGACCUUUCGGUUGGUUGUCAUUUUACAACGGAAGAUAGCCAGCGAUUGAAAAGUAUUGAACAGGCUGUCCAAGAACAACGCCAGUUGCUCGAAACAAUUGGUUCACAAAGUCAUCAGUAUCGAUCAUCAUUUUCUAAUACAACGGAAUCAUGUCAGACGAAAAUUGCUACUCUCCGGAAAUGUUUACUGACCGCAGCACCACAAUUAAUCAUACGCCUUGGCAAUACAUUGUUGGAUCUAGCAAAAGGACAAUUAGUGAACGAUCUGGAUUCUGUCCUUAGUGAUCUACUUCAGAGUACGGACGAGAGACGACUUCCUGAAGAAACUGAUGAGCGUCAAAAGAAUGCAAGUGAUGAAUGCCGUGAGUUAGCAUCGGUUGAAUCGGAAUCACAAGAAACAACGGAGUUGUUCAAACUUAUUCAUGUCGAAUCAGCUAGCCGUUUUGAGCGUGGAUUGAGCCGUGAAUUGACACCAGAUGAAGUUUCGAAAUUCGAGCAAGCAAAGAGACAGUUAUCUACUGGUAAAGCAAAAUUAAGAAAGCAGCAGACGCUGGAAAAAGUACGUAAUAGGACUGAAGUGGUAACUGAUGAACAACAGCAAUCUAAGAAAUCGGAUGACGAACAUGGACUGGAAAAUGAUAUUUGUACGAUUAUCGACGGGAUCUUGCCAUUGAUUCGACAGCAUAGCGAGUUGGUUGCUGACGAUGGAUUUAUGCGUCAGCUGCGCGAUGAAUUGCUGCAACAGGCGUCUGUGGUCUGCUUUCCUGGAGAUGUCACUCCAACGGAUCUCUUCCGCAGUCAGCUGAGCACAAUUAUUGACGAUACAUUAUCUCAAUAUGUGGGUAGUAAAGUGGGUGAAGUAAGGGAAGAACUAAUUUUUGAAACUUCCGAAAUUUUAUAUAAUGAGUUAACUUUUUUCCAGCUGAUGUACAAUAUUGAUAAUUUAGCAGCCUAAAUGUGCCUUAAAAUUGCUUAUUUGUUAGCUUGGUAGCUUUGUUAUCCUUUUACAUAUAAUUCAUGGGACUUCUGUUGAACUAUUCGCUGUAGGCCUUUCUGAGACCGCUUCAGAGCAUAUCAAUUAUCUUUCAAGACCUCAAAUCCUCUUACUUCCAAUGGUUAGUAUACGAAAUAAGACUGACGGCGAUUUCAGAUUCUGCAUUCUGAAAUCAUCAUCAGUCCAGCAGUUCUUCGAAUUUCAU